AUGGCGGCUCGCGCCCAGCACAGCGGCCCCGCGGCCAACGGCGGCGGCGCUCCGGCUCUCCUCCCGCUGCUCCUCCUGCUCCUCUCCGCCGCCGCCAUCAUCCCUAGAGGUGAUGGCCAGAACCUGGUAACAGAAGAUGUGACGGUAGUGGAGGGGGACGUUGCCACCAUCAGCUGUCGAGUCAAAAACAGUGAUGACUCCGUGAUUCAGCUCCUCAAUCCCAACAGACAGACGAUUUAUUUCAGAGAUUUCAGACCACUGAAGGACAGCAGGUUUCAGCUGGUGAAUUUCUCCAACAGUGAGCUCCGAGUGUCGCUGACAAACGUCUCUAUUUCUGAUGAAGGACGGUACUUCUGCCAGCUCUACACAGAUCCCCCGCAGGAAAUUUACACCACCAUCACAGUGCUUGUCCCACCACGCAAUUUGGUCAUUGAUAUCCAGAAAGAAAUCGCUGUUGAGGGAGAAGAGAUUGAGCUGAACUGCACUGCCAUGGCCAGCAGACCAGCAACCACCAUCAGAUGGUUCAAAGGAAACAAGGAGCUGACUGGCAAGUCAGAAGUGGAGCAGUGGUCUGAUAUGUACACAGUGACCAGCCAGCUUUUGCUGAAAGUGGGGCGGGAGGACGAUGGGGUCCCUGUCAUCUGCUUGGUGGAUCACCCCGCUGUCAAAGACUUGCAGACACAACGCUACCUAGAAGUCAUGUAUAAGCCUCAAGUGCGGGUUUCUCAGAAUUACCCAGUGCAAGGCCUCACGAGAGAAGGGGAGCCGCUCGAACUGACGUGCGCAGCUUUUGGAAAACCACAGCCUACGGACAUGAGGUGGUUAAGAGUAGAUGAUGAGAUGCCUCAACACGUUGUAGUGUCUGGUUCAAACCUUCUCAUUAGUAACCUAAACAAAACAGAUAAUGGUACAUACCGCUGUGAGGCUUCAAACGCGGUGGGGAAAUCACAUGCGGAUUACAUGCUGUUUGUAUACGAUCCCCCCACAACUAUCCCUCCUCCCACAACAACCACCACCACUACCACCACCAUCCCUACCACCAUCACAGACACAACGGCGACGACAGAACCAGCAGUUCACGGCUUUACUCAGUUGCCAAAUUCCGCAGAGGAGCUGGACUAUGGGGAUCUCUCAGGUACUGGCGUCCUGCUAAAUGCUUCAACGGAGGCUCUGCCAACUGUACAAAUAAGUAAUGCAUCUAUUGCCUUGCAUCCAGAUUCUCGUGCAGGUGAGGAAGGGGCAAUAAGGAGCGUGGACCAUGCAGUCGUCGGUGGUGUCGUGGCCGUGGUUGUAUUUGCCAUGCUUUGCCUGCUCAUCAUUUUAGGGCGAUAUUUUGCGAGACAUAAAGGUACAUAUUUCACUCAUGAAGCCAAAGGAGCGGACGAUGCAGCCGACGCAGACACAGCUAUCAUCAAUGCAGAAGGAGGACAAAACAACUCCGAAGAAAAGAAAGAGUACUUCAUCUAGAACAGCCUUGGUUUUAAUGAGGUGUCCAACCGUGGACGGUUACUGGCCCUAUUUAAACGAUAAAGAGACAGUGAUAUUGGAAGUUGCAACCAGCUUGUGUCUUUUUUAAAGAGAAACGCAAAUGGGUGGAGAGCUGUGAGACUGGGAGGGUCUGGGAUUUGCUGUGUAAAAAUAUUCUUCGUAAAGUACACUCUGCUGUUCGACACCUCAGUUCGUUUGGGUUUUGUUUUUUUGGCCAAGUCUGGCUUGGGUUUAGUUUAGUGAAGUCAUUUGCAGAAGAUUCUGUGCCUUGUUUUAUUUCUGUUUGUUUGGGUUUGGGAGGAGGCUGGGAAGAAGAGGGGCUUCUGUGCGUUAGUUCCCUUCAGGUUUCUGUGGUUCUUUGUUUCCCCUUUUGUCCUCUGUUUCUGGAGUUGCCUGCUGGGACCCCUUGGAAUAGGUUGGUUUCUUUCAAGGUGUUUUUUCCUUCUUUUUAUCUUCACUGUUUUCUGUUCAAAACUCGGUUUCAUCGGAGGAGAACCAGCACAUUUUAGAUUUCAUAGUUUGCAAUUCGCUGUACCCAUAUUCCAUUUUCUCUGUUGUCGUAAAGGCUUGGAUAAACAAACAAACGAGAACCUGUUUGUGGCUGCCCAUGUUCCAAAUGCUUUAGAUUGAUGGAGACUAGAAAAUAGCCCGCAACUCAGAAAAGGUGCUGCCCGUCCGCGGUGCAUCCAUCCGCACCCAGGCUCUGCUCCCAGCCAGGUGUCCUGCAGCCCCCGGCGGCUCUGGAGUGCAGGAUCUGCCCCACAAAGGGUUUAGGGCAGGAUUUCUGCUCGGAUAAUGUUGCAAACUGCUCUCUGUCCUGGCUUCUCCCCGAUCUGCUAGCACAGGAAAAGCCCUCCCAGAUUGCCAAAGGCUGCGAGUGUGCAGCUCUGUGGUUCUGUCCCCCUCCGUUGGUGUGGUGCUUGGAAGGCAUCAGGGUGGGUGUGGGGUUGGGUGCUCAUCCCACUGGGAUGGCCCAUGUGUCUCCAACCCCAAAGCCAUCGCUGCGUCCCACACCGUGUCAGGUCCGAGCCCUGGGGCGGCUGGACAGGUGCAACUGCCUUUUAUUUUGUUUUGUUUUGAUCUGAUGGAUAAAAAGUGGGAAUUUGCGUUAAAAAAUUACAGUGCUAACUGACUUAUUAAAGCCAUAGGUAAAAAGGAGAAUUUAGGUAGAUUAUAGAUCGGUGACAGAUAGCAAAUCGCAACAAGAAGGCGCUAUGGGAAUCCUACCUGAAUUUGGUGAAUUACCUUGGAUGUAGAGAGGUACUUUUUUUUUUUUACUGUGUUUAUGUGGAACGUGUAUGCUGAUUUAUUUAAGGGUAACAUUAAUCUUAGCGUCAGGUGGAUUUUUUUUAGG